AUGUCGACGGCGGCGGUGUCAGGGGGGCAGCGGCACCAGGGCGGCGGGCCGGCUGCGGCGGCUAAAAGGAAGCCGGUGUUCGUGAAGGUGGACCAGCUAAAGCCUGGAACGAGCGGCCACACGCUGACAGUGAAGGUGGUGAGCUCGAAGACGGUGCUACAGAAGGGCCGGCCGGAUUCCGGACAUCUCCGCCAAACGAAGAUCGCGGAGUGCCUCGUGGGGGACGAGACCGGAACCAUUGUUUUCACCGCCAGGAACGAGCAAGGUCUGUACCUCGUCCUUUCCUUACUUUGGUCUACCUUCGCGCUUCUCCCCGCCCGAAUACCUUCGCAGAUCCGCGUCCAAGAUCCUGCGUAGUCCGUAUGGAUGUGGUGGCGUAUUCUUCCUAGUGUUCUUUAACAGUCCCACCCUCCCUCUCUCUCUCUAUCUCUUUCUUGGCAAUACUUUUUCGAGCUCAUUCCACUCGACGACGGACAACGUUUCACCUCGUGGAUCCGUCUCUAUUUCCAUAGCAUUUCCAGAUGGGGCAAUCAGAUGUCUUGCCCCAGUCAACUGUAAUGUUCCUAUCUGGGUCUUCUGUUCUAGAUUUAGUGAUCGCCGACUGUUAGCUCCAUGAGGAAGACUAUUCCAUUGUCCCAAUUCGCGUCUUCCGACCCUGAAAAUCAUCUCGCAUCACUCCCUUAUUCUGUGAUGGGUUCACAAUGGCCUCCCCAGUGAUAGAUUCUUACCCAGACUGACACUUCAUUACCUGUUAUGCCACUCGUGAAUGGAUCCCCCUAGACGAACAGAUUUCGUCAGCUCGUCGUACUAAUCAAGAACACCGCAUCAUUGGCUCAUGGAUGCUCGAGCACGACGACCCAUCUCGAUGGUUUACCUGAACGGUCCCCACGCAUCUAGCUUUACAUGUUUCUGCCGACUUGACCCAGUUGAUGAGACCUUCUGGUCAUCCGGUUUCCUCUGCUUUUCCUGCCGGCAGUCGAUCUGAUGACGACGGGAACCACGGUGAUCCUCCGGAACGCAAAGAUCGACAUGUUCAAGGGGUCCAUGAGGCUGGCCGUUGACAAGUGGGGCCGGGUGGAGGUCACCGAGCCCGCCACCUUCGCCGUGAAGGAGGAGAACAAUCUUUCCCUGAUCGAGUACGAGUUGGUGAACGUCGUGGAGGAGUGA